CGGCUUCCGAGCCCCAGAGCCCGCCCGCCACCACGUGGGGCGGCGGCGCGGGCGGAACCCAGGCGGGGCGGCUCGCGGCCCGCCCGGGCCUCUGCAGCCGGGACGCCGGCGGAAGUGGGCGCGCCGGCCGCCGCGGACCUCGAUGAGGAACCAGAGCAGGGAGGCUGCUCUAGAGUCACUCGCAGUGACCUGCCCAGAUCCCUGGUAAUGAAUCUGGGGGUGCUAAGAACCCCCCGGGCUCCCCGAAUCCACACCUUCAUCCUCUCCGCCGCAGGGGUCCUUUCUUGCAAGGAGCUCACAGGUGAGCUGCAGAGACAGGGAGAGCCUAACAAGGAAAAGGAUCGUCUUAAUUUCCCCCGCACGGGUUCCAGGAGCUGGAGAUACAGCCGAAGGCAAGAAGCGAGGCCGCUGCCCGUGGGGAGGCGGGCAUCUAGCAGGGGACAAAGGGCAUAAGCAGAAUGACAAAUAUACCAUAUGUCAGAAGAAUACCGUGUGCUACAGAGAACGACGAAGCUGAGGAGGGCAGGAAGGGACGUGGGGUGGAACUUGAACAUGGCGUGCCCAGAGAAGGCAGACGGCACAUACAAGCAGAGGGAACCUCAAGCACAAGGGUGUGAGAGGCACUUCUGUGCCAGCCAGGACAAUGCAGACUCCGCUGACCAUUCCUGUACCUGUGCUCCGGCUUCCCCGGGGCCCAGAUGGCUUGAGCCGCGGCUUUGCCCCAGAUGGACGCAGGGCCCCCCUGACGCCAGAGGGUCCCGGAGCCCCGGGGUCUGCCGUAGUUCCAGAAUCUCGGGAAUCCCAGGAACAGCAGGCGCGAGCCGCACUCCGGGAACGCUACCUCCGCAGCCUGCUGGCCAUGGUGGGUCACCAGGUGAGCUUCACAUUGCACGAGGGCGUGCACGUGACUGCCCACUUCGGAGCCACCGACCUGGACGUGGCCAACUUCUACGUGUCGCAGCUGCAGACGCCCAUUGGUGUGCAGGCUGAAGCACUGCUGCGGUGCAGUGACAUUAUUGCGUACAGCUUCAAGCCCUAAAGAUGUUGCUAUGUUCACCUUUCUGCUUUGGGCCUCGCCACGGGGCCCCAGCCCUCCACACAUGGUCGUGGGCCCCGGUUUGGAACGCCCUUGGAAUUUUGAGCCAAGCUCCAAGCACCUCUGGCUGCUUGGGACCUCCAGGGUGCAGUCAGUAAGAUUCUGCAACCCCAGGAGUUCUAGAGCCCGUGGAAAGGAAGGCUCUGCCUCACAGAACUCUAAACUCUAAAACCGGGCCACUUGCCAGUUCCUGAAGACUGGGGGUUGGGGGGUGGAAGGCAAAUCGCAGAGUGGGAAAUUGUUUCUGGAAGUUGCAAAGUUCAGCCACCCUGAAGAUACUCCCCUCCUACUAAAGAACCAAUUAUCCCAGGAAAA